AUGGCAGCGGACAUUACUACUGCUAAGGCUGGCUCGGUCCAUGAAAAACAGGUUCAGGACAUUGAGUCUUCAUCAACUGAGCGAAAGGAACCUGACGACGAUAUUCCAGAUGGAGGAGCAGCAGCGUGGCUUGUCGUUUUUGGGACCUGGUGCACAUCGUUCUGUAGCUUUGGCUGGAUCAACAGCGUCGGGAUCUUCCAAGACUAUUACCAGCACGAGCUCCUGAGUUCAUACUCCUCAAGUACGAUUGCAUGGAUCCCUUCUCUCCAAAUAUUCUUCAUGUUCGCCUCGGGGCCUCUGAUCGGCAAGCUAUAUGACCGAUACGGGCCGCAUUAUCUAAUAUUUGGUGGCACUCUCCUGCAUGUGUUUGGCUUGAUGAUGGCUUCGAUUUCCAAAGAGUACUACCAGAUUCUUCUUUCUCAAGGCGUCUGCAGCGCCAUCGGCGCAUCAGCCAUAUUUCAACCAGCAAUCUCUUCUGUGCGCGAUUGGUUCAGUAAGAAGCGAGCCGCCGCAUUCGGAAUCUGCUCAACAGGAUCGAGUCUAGGGGGCGUGAUCUUCCCCAUCAUGCUCAACCGGUUGAUCCGCCAGGUCGGAUACGGAUGGACUAUGCGAAUCUCAGCCUUCCUUAUUUUGGGUCUCCUCAUCAUUGCCAAUCUUACGGUCCGGCAACGAGUUAAGCACCGACCAGCCAAGCCAGGGCACACGGCCAACUACACAGCCCCUUUCAAAGAACUCCCCAUGCUGUUUCUCAUGAUCGGGUUCUUUCUAAUUCCUUUUGGAGUAUUUGUGCCCAUAGACUACAUUGUCGUUGAAGCCAACGCUUUCGGCAUGGGAACAAAUAUCAGGCAAUACGUAGUACCGAUCCUCAACGCCGCAAGCUUCUUUGGGCGAACCUCUUGCGGCCUCGUCGCCGAUAAAGUUGGCCAUUUCAACGUCUUCACGACUGUCUGCGCGACAACGAGUAUCCUUAUUUUGGGUCUAUGGAUCCCUGCGAGCAGCAACCCAGCCAUAAUAUGCUUCGCUGCGUUUUUCGGCUUCUUCUCUGGCGCCUACGUCUCUCUGUUGCCUGCGUUAGUUGCCGAGCUGUCGCCUCGUGAAGAAUUUGGAUACCGCACUGGUCUUCUCUUUGGAUGUGCGUCAAUCGGAGGGCUUGUUACGAACCCUAUCGCCGGGGCAAUCAUUCAGCUCGAGCAUGGCUCGUUUCGUGGUCUCAAGGUAUUUGCAGGCACGAUGUACUUGGCCGGAACUAUGGCUGCAUUUGGAGCAAGAUUGAUUAAAACGAACUUCAAGCUCGGAGUCAAGUUCUGA